AUGAUUAAUGAUUUGAAGUAUUCAUCACGUGAGAGGCGUGUUGUUGGACUCGACUAUAAAAAUACACCAACAGGCAAAGUGUUGAUUCUUUGUAUCGGUGCUGAUUGUUUGAUCAUCAAAUUGAGCUGCUUGGACUGUGUUCCUAAGACUCUCAAGCAGUUUCUGGCUGAUGAGACUUAUUGUUUUCUGGGUAAAGGAAUGAGUAACAUAGUUCAAGCACUACAAUCUGAUGAUAUACAAUGUGGGACAGGCAUUGAUGUUGGUUAUCUUUUUGCUAGGAUUCUGAGGAAACCCAACAUCGAGGGGUAUGGAUUAAAAGAGUUGGCUGAUGAAGUUGGAAUGCAUAUAGAGGAACCAAUUGGCGAAUGCCCAGAUUGGAAUGCCAGAGUGUUCUCAAUGGAAUAG